AUGAUUGAAAAUUAUGAGCUAGCAUUUUCUGAGGGGGGCCUUGAGCUGAAAAGGGGGCGCUCUCACCUGCUCCACCCUGGUGAUGCAAAGUAUGAAGAGCAGAUGGUCAAAGGAGUCCGUGGCCUUUCUGUACAGCUGGCGUGUGGUGACGUGGUCUCACCCAUGGUCGUUUUCUGGAGCUUCACCAAGCAGGGCUCACUCAUUCCCAGGGCUGUUGCUAUCAGCAAUGGGAUAGAAUCCAAGGUAGAGAAGGCUUCUGUGGUCCUGGGGCAGGUGAACCUGAGAAAUGGCACCCUGGAGGUCAGGAACCUGCAGACAGCUGCUGAAGGGCACUUCAUGUGCCAAGCCAUGUAUGAGGAAGAAGAAGAGAUCAGAGUUGGCUACUUCUACAUAGAGCUGGUGGUCUUGGUUCCUGUUUCAAAGCCCUUCCUCCAGAUGAACAACUCUACACCAGUAGAAGGUAUGGCCAUGGUGAUGACAUGCUCUGUGAAGGAGGGGACACCCACGGUCAGGUACUCCUGGCACCACUACACCAGUCGGGACAGCACAGGGACUGUGGCUGAAACUGCCAGUGGCCUGCUGAACCUGAUGUCAGCCAACCGGACACACAUGGGCUGGUAUACCUGCACUGCCCACAAUGAAAUCAACAGCCAGACCAGCGAGCCCAUGUAUCUGGAUGUAAUUUAUGGCCCUGAUGAACCUGUGAUCAGUAUUGAGCCAUUUGCUAUUAACCAUAACGGCUUCUCAGCUAACGAGCAGGAGGAGGUGAUCAUGACCUGCCUGGCCUCUUCUAACCCACCCAGCCACUAUCUCUGGUUUUACAACAGCUCUCAGGUCUACUCUGGCCAGAAAUAUGUGAUAGCCAAGAUCUCCCGGACUCAGACAGGCACUUACACUUGCCUGGCCCAAAACAUCCACCUCAACACACGCACUCAGACCACCAUCAUCCUCACCGUCUACUUGCAGCUGCGGUGGGUGAAAUCCAGCCAGGAAGCAAACACCGGGGUGGCCUACUCCAAUGCCACCAGCAUCCAGCGAGGCAUGGACAUCCAGAAUGGCAGCAUGUACACCUGCCUGGCUUUCCACCCAGGAAUCGGGGAGAAGGCCGUCUGCAAGACCACUGUAUGGGUCCCUGGUGGGAACCCCACCUGUUCUGCUAUGGCCACCAAGCAGAAUGAGUUCCUCAUGCUAUCCUGCAACUGGGAAGGGGGGAUGCCCCGUGUCACACUCUGGUGGAGAGAUUGGAGGAACCAUGUGCUGGGGGGCUUGAAACAGUCCAGCAACAUCUACGUCAUGAAGUCCAACAGCAGCCUGGGCGGCAAGGAGUUCACCUGCAUCGCAGCCCACCCUCUCCUGGCCAGAGCAAUAGAGUGCCACAUCCAGCUGGAAGUCCCCAGGCUGGUGGCAGAGAGCACUGAGGUGUCGCUAUUUGAAGGUGACGAGGUCCAGCUGGGCUGCAUGCUGCAGGGGCCCCAUCUGGGCUCUGAAGUUUUCUGGUACAACAACAAGAACCAAGUGAUCAGACCAGAUGCCCAAAAGUAUAGGCUGCAGCAGAGUGGCACCUGGUUCAAAUUGACCGUCCGGGACACGGAGUGGCCGAGUGACAGUGGCACCUACCGCUGUGCAGCAGUGAAUGCUGUGGGCAACACCAGCCUCCCCAUCAGCCUCCAUGUGAAAAAGUACCCAGUGCCCCCCAACGUGACAAUCAGCAAGCUGAUGUACUCCCGGCAGCGCACCGAGGUGCAGCUGGAGUGGGUGACGCAGGGUUCAGGGAACCUCACUGGCUUCAUGGUCCAGCGGCGAGACGCAAAGAGAAACUUCUCAAACUCGUCCAGGUCAGUGGACAGCCUCUGGGAAACUGUGGCCAGCGACAUCGAACCUGACAUCCGGGACCACCGGCUGGGUGGACUGGACCCGGCAAUAGUGUAUGCCUUCCGCAUCCUGGCUGUCAACCACCGCACCACCGGGCACCCCUCCGAGAUGAAGACACCAGUAAUAGCUGCUGGGGAGCAGCACCAAGCAGACCCACCACUGGAAGUGGUUAGCUGGACAGGGCGCAACAAGGACCUCUAG